AUUAUUCGGAGUGAUAAACGUUGUAAUAGCAUGCGACUUAGACAAAUUAUUAUCAGUAACAUAAUCGAUGGCGAUGCAGAGCGAUCGAAACGUGCCAUUCAGUUGGUGGCUGAAAAUGAACUUGAUGAAUAUUACAAUGUGAUUUGUGGUGUUGGUCAAUUCAGUUAUAUAGCUCAUGCUGAUGAAUUCUGUUUGAGUGCCUUAAAAGGGGUGAACUGUUAUGUAUUCUCUUCGAUCUGCCUCGACGAGCCCGACACCACAUCGCCCGGUUACGCCAAAAAACACAAAACCAAGAAGUCCAGAGCAGCCGCGAAAAAUAAAAUGAAACAUUUCUUGAAUAUGAACUGA